GCAUGCGCAGCUCCAAAGUGGGGUAAAGGUGAGAAAAAGAUCUUUGCACGAAACCUACUACUUGCAUUUCUGCUGUGCGUCUUUUUUGUUUUGGAGACCAACGUCCACAUAAUCUUAAAGUGAGCUGACGAAGUGGGAAUAAAUGGCAAAUCAUUUGUCGGAGCCUCUGUCAGAACGAACCUUCCAGUACCAAAACAGCCUGCCGCCCCUGCCUGUGCCGGCACUAGAGAGCAGCCUCUCCAAAUAUCUGGAAGCAGUGUGUCCAUUUGCAUCUGAGGAAGAGUACCGUGCUACUGUCGAUAUUGUGAAGAAGUUUAAAGAUGGCAUUGGCCGUGAUCUACAUCAGAAACUGCUCCACAGAGCCAAGACGAGGAGAAACUGGUUAGAAGACUGGUGGUUAGACAGCGCGUAUCUGGAGGUCCGGAUCCCCUCUCAGCUGAAUGUGAACUUUGGUGGCCCAGCACCCUACCUGGAGCACUUUUGGCCCCCAGCAGAGGGCACAUAUCUGCAGAGGGCCAGUAUAGCCACCUGGGAUACUCUGCAGUACUGGAACCUGAUCCGCACUGAGCAGCUCGCUCCUCACAAAACUGGCAAAGAACCGCUAGAUAUGAACCAGUUCAGAAUGCUGUACUGUACUUGCAAAGUACCUGGAGUGAAGAAGGACACCAUUUAUAACUACUUUAAAACCGAGCGUGAGGGUCUGUGUCCCUCCCAUUUGGUAGUGAUGUGUCGUGGGCGGAUCUUCACAUUUGAUGCACUUUGUGAUGGACAAAUUGUCACUUCCCCAGAACUGCUCAGACAGUUGACCUACGUGAAACGUUGUUGUGACAGUGAGCCAGAUGGAGAUGGAGUUGCUGUUCUCACCUCAGAGGAGAGAACACGGUGGGCAGAGGCAAGGGAUUAUCUCAUAAGCAUCCAUCCCCACAAUAAGACGAUCCUGGAGACCAUCCAGAGCAGCCUGUUCAUCAUUUCUCUGGAUGCUGCAAAGCCCUUCUCCUCCUCUGACAACUACACAAAUAUGUCAGUGGAAGCCUUGACAGGUGACGCCACCAUCCGCUGGGGAGAUAAAUCAUACAAUAUGAUCGUAUUUGCAGACGGCACUUUUGCAUCUAAUUGUGAUCAUGCUCCAUAUGACGCCAUGGUGCUCGUGUCCAUGUGUUCCUACUUGGAUCAGCAAAUAAAAGCCAGAGAAGGCAAAUGGAAGGGUUCAGACACUGUCAGGUCCAUGCCUCUACCUGAGGAACUGGUGUUUACGGUGGACGACAAAGUUCGGAGUGACAUCAGUGACGCCAAACAAAGAUACAGAGAGACAACACAAGACCUGCAGCUCGUAGUUUAUGCAUUCACUGACUUUGGAAAAGCAGCCAUCAAGCAGAGGAAGCUGCAUCCCGACACCUUCGUUCAGCUGGCCAUGCAGUUGGCCUACUAUAAAAAGCACGGAAGACCAGGGUGUUGUUAUGAGACGGCUACAACCCGCAAGUUCUACCACGGUAGAACAGAGACGAUGCGACCCUGCACACAGGAAGCUGUGAAUUGGUGUCAGGCCAUGAUGGACUCCACGCGCACCGUUGACGCCAAAAGGAGCGCCAUGCUGCUGGCAUUUAAUAAACACAACAAACUGAUGGCUGAAGCUCAGGAUGGAAAAGGUUUUGACAGGCAUCUUCUUGGACUUUAUCUUGUCGCAAAAGAGGAGGGACGUCCAACUCCGGAUCUCUUCAUGGAUCCCCUCUAUGCAAGAAGUGGUGGUGGAGGGAACUUUGUGUUGUCCACCAGUCUGACAGGCUACUCUACAGUUCUGGGUGCAGUGGCUCCCAUGGUGCACCAUGGCUAUGGCUUCUUCUACCGCAUCAGAGAUGACAGGAUUGUGGUCGCCAUCUCUGCUUGGAAAUCGUGCUACCACACAGAUGCUGAAUCACUGUUUAAGAUCUUGUCCAGUUCCCUGCAUGAAAUGCUUCACCUCGCCACCACAGCUCAGCUCUAAGUACUCGAGAACAGAGGAGCAGAGUACUGAGCCUGUGCUUUUACCUUUGUCUCUCUGUUAAUAUACUGUAUAUUAAGCUAGAAGGUGCACUCAGUGCAUACGACUACUAGGUUGAUAAUAGCAAAAAAUUGUUACCUCUUUCAGUCAACAGGCACUUUAAACUUGGUCUUUGUGAGGUCUUAAGACUCUUGAAAAACCAAGGAACUAAGAGUUUUGUAGUAUGUGAUUUGGCCGGAAAAUGUAAUCCACCGCUACAAAAUUUUCUUAAUCUGCACUCUGCUUUUUGAGUUAUCAUGUACAUUGGAGGCUGCUAAAAUGGAGAUAAUUUGAAAAAUAUGAUUAGGUGUACAAGUAUGUGCUCUGGGAAUGCUUUGCCAUGAUAAUGUCCUUUUAAGAUAUUCUGACUUGUGUAUUUGGAAGUCAGAAGUGAUCAUUUUGACCAGGUCUAGACUUCACCAUUUGAACAUAAAGGGUUGUAUUACAAAAAACAAAAGGUACUCCUCCUUACAUUAUUUUUUUAAUGACUUUGGUACAUUCGGAAAGUUUAUCCAGUUAUGUCUUCCCUGAAACAAAGCAAUAUCUUGGUCUUUGCCCAUUGUGGGGUAUUAAAACCACACAGUUUUCUGUUAUUUUAUUUUUUUAAGUGUUAUCUUUAUCAAUGUAAAGACAUGAAAAUGUUAAUUUUUGACAUAUUAGUAAAUGUGAUGAAGAAUGUAGCAUGUGAUGUGCAAGGUAUGAAUGAGCUGUCAAUUGACAUUUUUCUGCUUUUCAUUUUGUUUUAUCCAGCCAAUUU